AACGCCACGUCUCGAUCGAUAACCUUCUUCCGGUUUGUGAAUCUGCCAUUCCAAAAUGAUAAGUGCAACAGCUUUCCUUGACUUUUUGAUAGCGGGAUUAUUUGCAUUGACUUUAGUGGAAGGUAGAAGGAUGAGUUUUGUCGACAACUGUCCAACAAAUCCAGCUGAAAUUGAAAUUGCGUCAAAACGGCUUAAAUGCAUGAAUGAUAUAUAUGGAAAUAAUCAAUAUAUAUGUGUUCCUAAUUUUAAUAAAACGUCAUUGGUGGAAUUCUGCUUUGAUGGAGUUAUGGGUAUUCAUAAGAAAAACCAUUGUGUCGAAACUGAUGGACAAUCAUUAAAAGAAUUCAACUGUCUCAACUUUUCGUCUGGGUGCCCACAAGAGCUUCAUUGGAGUUAUGAAUUUUACAAACAUCCUGCUUGUCAAAACAUCAACACAGAGCACCACUGCUAUGCCUUGGACCCGUCUUGCCCACAUCAAGUGCUCGAAAAGGACACAGGUUAUCGUGACACAAUUACUCCAACAUGGAUCAUCGUUGCUAUUAUCGUUGUGGGCGUGCUUACUCUUGUCUUUGCGUGUUUUUUGCUUUUUCAGAAGGUACACAAGAAAUGGACAAGAGAUCGCUAA